AUGACUCUGACUGUUGAUGCCGUCAACGGCCUGUCCAGCGGCCCUGCCGCCACGUCUGUCGGCGAGAAACCGUAUCUGCUGUUCUGUGCGGCAUUCAUGGACGGACACACGAACCCAUUGAUCCGGAUCUGCAGCGGUCUGGUCAAGCGCGGCUUCCCGGUCACCUUUAUCGCCGGCAACCAACACGAGAAGAGAAUCAGGGCGGUCGGAGCCGACGUCGUGGGCUAUGAGCCGGAGCUGACAGCAGCCGACUGGGAGGCACGAAAUGCGGUGCCAGCCGGCUUGCCGCAGCUUCUGUGGGAUUUGGAGAUCGUCUUCUGCCGCUGCACCACCUCGCGAUGGGCGCUGCUCAAAGAGACGCUAGAGCGGUUGCGAUCAUGUGAUCCGGCCCGAGAGAUUGUCGUCGUCUACGACACCGCUUUUAUGGGCACAGCUCCGCUGAUGCUGGGGGCACCGCUGCCCCGGGGCUUCGACGUGCGGCCAAAGGUGGUCAACGUCAACGUGAUUCCCGUGACGGCAACCAGCAUCGACACGGGUCCGUUCGGUCCCGGCCUGCCACCCGACGCGAGCGAGUCCGGCCGGGCACGCAACCAGCUGAUCAACCAGCUGAUGGCGAGCACCAUCUUCAGCGGCCUCAACGCCAGCUAUGGACGCAUGCUCCGAGAGGCUGGCGCGACCGUCGAGCUCGAGCCCGUCUGUCUUCCCCACCACUGGCCGCUGCUCAGCGACGUCUCGCUGCAGAUGUGUCCGGCCAGCCUGGAGUAUGUGCGGUCGGACCUGCCGGCACACAUCCGCUACGUCGGCAGCCUGCUGCCGGAUCCGGUCUCACCUGGCUUUGUCCGUCCAGCCUGGUGGCCCGAGGUGGACGUCGGUGCCGCCAAGAAGGUCGUCGUCGUAACCCAGGGCACCAUCGCCACCAGCUACAGCGACCUCCUGAUUCCGACGAUGGCUGCGCUUGCCGAUCGCGACGACCUCCUCGUCGUGGCCAUCCUGGGCGUGCGCGGCGCUGCUCUGUCGGCCGACGUGGCCGUUCCGGCCAACGCGCGCGUGGUCGACUACCUGCCCUACGAGGCUAUCCUGCCGCGGGCGGCGGCCUUUGUGCUGAACGCCGGCUACGGCGGACUCAUCCACGGCGUCGUCCACGGCGUGCCCAUGGUUCUCGCGGGCUCGACCGAGGACAAGCCCGAGGUGGCGAUGCGCGGCCAGUGCGCCGGCGUGGCUGUCAAUCUGCGCACGGGACAGCCGACCGAGGCACAGCUACGCGAGGCCGUCGAUAGGUUGCUCGUCGACCCGUCCUUUCGGGACCGCGUGAACGAGAUCCGGCGCGAGAACGAGGCCCUGGGGGCCAUGGACAAUGUCGAGCGCGAAAUUCUACGGGUUGUGGCUUGA